GGCUCCCCGGACGGAAAGCGGUGAAGUGAGUGGGGAGUAGGGGAUUAGAAAAAAGAAGACUGACCAAAAGACUGCUGAAAUCUCGAAAAAAUGGACUUUCUCAUAGGAAGCCCGUUCUCCACCCCGGUCGGACAGCGAAUAGAACAUGCUACCAGCUCCACUCUGCAGGGAGAGGACUGGGGACUCAACAUGGAGAUCUGUGACAUCAUCAAUGAGACAGACGAGGGACCUAAAGAUGCAGUCAGAGCAAUAAAGAAGAGGAUUGUGGGGAACAAGAAUUUCAGAGAAGUCAUGCUGGCACUGACUGUACUGGAGGCAUGUGUGAAGAACUGUGGACACAGGUUCCAUGUUUUAGUGUCAACCCGAGAGUUUGUGGAGGGGGUUCUGGUCAGAGCCAUCUUGCCCAAAAACAACCCCCCAAUGGUCCUGCAUGACAGGGUGUUGAGCCUCAUACAGGCGUGGGCAGAUGCGUUUCGCAGCUCCCCCUCCCUGUCAGGUGUCGUCUCUGUGUACGAGGACCUCAAGAGGAGGGGGCUGGAAUUCCCCAUGACUGACCUGGAUGCACUUUCCCCCAUCCACACUCCUCAUAGGGUCUAUAGUGUGCCGGAUAGCGAGUCAUCUGUCAGUGUGUCGACCCCGCCCUCAACACGCACCACUGCCCCUGCACCGACCCAGCUUCCUGUAUUGCCACAGAGCAUUACGGGACCCCUCACCAUUACACCCGAACAGGCGCAGAAGCUGAGAGCCGAACUGGAUGUAGUGCGAGGGAAUCUGACUGUGAUGUCGGAGAUGCUGAACGAGCUGACUCCAGGCCACGCCCAACAGUCUGACGCAGAGCUACUGCAGCAGUUGUACACCGUGUGUAGGAGCAUGCAGGAGAGGGUGGUGGAGCUGAUCCCCAACCUGACUGAGGAGACGUUGAUAGGGGAGCUGCUGGUCGUAAAUGAUGAUCUCAACAACAACUUCAUCCGUUACCACAGGUUUGAGAGACUCUGCAGUGCGCUGAAUGCGGCUGAGCAGACUCCCAACAUGACUUCUGCGAAUCUCAUAGACCUCACCCCUGAACCCUCAGCUCUCAAUCAGCCAGCCCAAACAGCCACUCCUGCUCAUCAACCCAUCAGCCAAUCAGCUGUCAGUUCUUUGUCCAGUGAGAGGGCCAACCUCAGUGCAGGGGGUGAUGAAGAGUUUGACAUGUUCGCUCAGACAAGAGGCAGCUCUCUUGCUGAACAAAGAAAGAGUGUACGAUAUGAAGAUCCAGGUGCCGUGGAGGGCCUGGCCGGAGCUUUGGAUACACGACUGCAGGUCACCGGAGCGAUCCCCGCCGCUCAGCCCACGACAAUGGAUGACAUUGAAAAGUGGCUCUCUGGAGAAGUGGACAUUGGAUCUACAGACAAGGAGGGGGUAACCAGUGAGGAGUUUGACAAGUUUUUAGAGGAGAGAGUGAAGGUUUCGGACCAGUCAUCCAGCCAGGCAGACCCAACCUUUGUACCAACCCGCUCUCUGCCACAGGCCACCCUGCAACAUGAGAGGUCACAUGACCAACUAUUUACACUUUAGGAGAGUGCUGGAUGGAAACUGAGUGACUGGUAUAUCAAUGGACUGAUGGGCUGACACAGAAACCAAGAAUUUCAAUUGAUUUGUGGAGUACAGCUACACACAAGCACACACAGUUGCACAUCAUGACAUUGUUGGUUUAUUUUUUAUGUAUACUGAUAGCUGCGGUUUUUUACUUAAAAUUGUAUAACUAUGCAAAACUAUUCUGACUGAAGAUAUUCUGUAAGGUUUGUGUGAUUUGUCAUUGCUUUAUGACAAGAAUGGAUGGACUGUGGUGGACAUGGUGGACAGCUGUUACACUGUUGAUGACAUGUAUACACUGUUCUGUAUUCACAUACUGGACUUAUACUCUACAACAUUCACAUAACAGAACACAAUCCAUUAUAUCAUGGGUCCAUUUCAGACCAAGAUGUCACAUCAAGCUGUUAUUCCACUGUCAAUUAUUAGAGGGCAUCCAGUGUUGAAAGACUGAGAUAAAUGUUACAGUGUAGGGAGAAAAACAGUACAGUCAAUACAUUACAGUACAAAACAGUGCAGUCACCAGGUAGUCAAACUGAGAAGAAAAGGUAAAUCAUCUGCUACGUUUACGUAAGGAGCAUUGUGCCAAUGCCAUAGAAAAGUGCAUGAGAAAUAUGUCAAAACAAAUGAAUCACUUUAAGAUGAAAAU